CAAGUUUAUACAGCGACCAUGGAAGAGAAGAAGGUUAAGCAGACUUGGAAGCAAAAGAUACUCUUUUACAUAACGGCAUUUUUCGUGUUGCUUGGAAUUUUUAGCGUCUUCUCUUUCUUGUUUCUUGUGCCUUUCGUCAUCGAUCCAUCUUUUACGACAAUUUUCAUGGAAUUUGACGAACAACCAGUUUUAUGUGUGACCAGAAAGGCAGAGAGAAAACUCGGAGUAUCCAACUGUUCGUGGGCAUCGUGCAGAGAAGGAUGUACGAAGGAAAUAUACGAUUGCACCCAAAUUCACGUCGACUAUAAAAAAGUAGGACCUGAUUUUAACUUCACGCCAACAACCGUGGAACCGACGACACCACCAGAUGACUACAGAAGGAAACGAUUGAUUCAAGAUGCUGCCUUUGAUGAAUUUGAUAGCGACGAUUUUAUUACCGAACCGUCACCCACGGGCUUAAUGGGAAACGAUUCCGAAUGGUAUUACAUCGGUGCUAAACUGUUCCCCAACGUGAAAGGUUGCGGAUACCCGCCAGCAUUAAAUUGUACAAUUUUUUUAAAAAAGUACAAAGGAAUAGGAACAAACUUUUCCUGUUAUUACAGCAGAGUCGAUCCCGGUUUGGUGAUUAGUCAUUUGGACAUGUGGCAAGUUUACAUGAACUUAGUAUAUGCAAUGGCAAUACCUAUCCCGUCCUUUAUAGUUUCCGUCAUUUAUUUGACGUUUGCUUAUUUUAAAAUUUACAAUGAUGACGAGGAAAAAGCACCACUCGAAAAGAACGCAGAAGGCCUCGACGAGGAAGGGAACAGCAUGGAGGACAUCGCGUCACUUCGUCCAGCAAGUGGUGCACUCACACCGGCCAGCGAGACCUUUAGGGAAGAUCUCGCCAGUUUUGGACACCAACUCAAAGUUGCCAUGGCGGAUGAAAUGAGUAGAGACAGUUUUAACGAAGAGAUUAUAAACAAAUCACAUUCAUUAUCAGGGAAUCUUGGAAAAGAGAUGACUACCAGUAUUUCGACGUCUGGUGGUCCUAUAAAUGAUAUUUAAUAUGUUUCUAAAGUCGUUCUUCUAACGCUUAUGUGUUUUUGAUCCAUAGUUAUUAAAGAAACAGAAAGGUGCUGGAUUAACUAAAUAAUUUUCAUAAGUAAUGCGAUGCGUAUAGGUAAACCGUUAAAAACGAAUUUAUAAUUUAAAAAUUUGAGAGAAAAUCUAGAAUUAAACGAUCAUUUUUCGCGCCUUUAUAUAACAUUAAAAUUAAAUCGAAACACAAAGAGUGAAAAAGGAGGUAACAGUAAUUCAACUUAUCGAUAAAAAUUUCGCGUUAUCUAUUAGCUACUUGCUGCUUUUCUUACAUACUAACAAAUGGUAAAAGUUAUACUGAAAAUGUGUAUUGCAUUUUUUCGACACAUUCUAAAAGCCUAAUGUUACGGUGUUAAUUAUAAUAAGAAAGUAUUAGAAAACAAUGGUAUUUCGAAAAAAAAAAAAACAUUUCAAAACCAAAAAAAUUCACAUACUAUCUGAGAACCGUCUCAUUUAUGGAUCGAAAAUAAGUGGUGAAAUUGAUUAAUUACAAUAACAAGUGAACGCUUAUAUUUUCAAAAGAUUUUGUUAUAAAUUGCACGUUUCCGGUGUUAUUUUCAAACGAAUAAACAUAUGAGACAAUAAAUAUUAAAUUUGCCAUUACAGAUACGUAUGUACAGGCAAUUGUGAUUUUGGAAUAUUUUAACUGUACAAUUAAUAAUUUCGAUCCAUAAAUAAGUAUAAGAAAGAUGGUUUUCUUGGCAUUAAACCUGUAUGUAAGUUCGCUUCUAAUUAAAAGUUAUAAAACCUCGAUAGCUCAAGUUGUACAGAUAUUUAAUGCACAGACCAAUUUGUUACAAGUAUUCCAACCACGAACACACUUAUAAUAUACAUACAUUCAAUACUUGUAUUAUAGUUAUACCUACCUACCUAUAUAUAUAUAUAUAAGGAAGUUGAACUUUACGUUCCUUGUAACAGAUUAAGAUUUUGUAACUUGAAUUAAACAGGUACGAAUCUCAAUUUGUUUUGUUGCAAUAAAUCUAAA